AUGAUGGCGGGCGCAAACAUCGUUCGUUUGAACAUGUCCCAUCAAAUGGAGAAAUGGCAUGCAAUCACUGUACAGUCUAUCAGAGACGCUGGGAAUAGAAUGUAUGAAUUCACGGGUGAGAUUUACCCUCUAGGAGUUGCAAUGAAUCUUCGAGGUCCUGAAAUACGAACGGGUAUAUUCCACGGAGAUGAAACAAGCAUAGGAUACGCUGAGUUAAAAGAAGGCCGUACAGUAAAAUUGGUAACUAACGAUCUUGCGAAACGUGCAGGAAGUGCUUGUUGUUUUUGGGUAUCUUACCCUGAACUAUCACGAAUAUGUCGACCCGGUGACAAAAUUCUCAUCGACAGAGGCGCUGUAUUAUUACAAGUUUCUUGUGUCUGUAGUAGAUUCAUAACCUGCAGAGUUUUAAAAGGAGGUAUUGUAAGAGAUGAAAAACUUGUGCAAUUAUUAGAUAGUGUCGUUGCAUUACCACAACUGUCGAAAAAAGACGAGGAACAUAUUCAGCUAUCUUCAUUUUUGGAAUGUGACUUCUGUAUAGUAAAUCACACGCGAAACGAAAAGAUGGUGGAAGCAGUAAAAACUGGCUUUAAUCAAAUGGGUACUACUAGAAUCUGUAUUAUCGCGAAGAUUUCCUCGCAACAAGGUUUACACAAUUUUCACAAAAUUUUGCAAGCAGCGGACGGUAUUCUCCUUGACAGAGCCAGUAUCGAGAUUGAUGUAGGACCGGAGAAACUGUUCCUUGUAGAAAAAAUACUCACUGCUAACUGUAUGAAAGUAGGAAAACCUAUUAUAUUUAGUUUCCAAGUGUUGAAGAACAAAGUACCAGAACUUGAUGUAAAUUUAAUUGCGAACGCUGUUCUGAAUGGGGUUGAUGCUAUUUUUCUUAAAACUGGAAGUUUAAAUGAAAAGGAGACUACUGAGUUAAUAAAUAAUGUCGACGCUGUAUGUAGAGAAGCAGAAAGCGCACGUUGGCAAAAAGAAAUUUUUGAUGAACUCAGCUACAAGAUGCCAAUACCUUUGGAUCCUAAGCACGCGAUUGCUAUAGGAGCAAUUGAGACGUCCUUAAAAUUAAAUGCUUCUGCAAUUAUCAUCACAACGACGUCUGGUCAAAGUGCUGCUAUAUUAUCGAUGUAUCAUCCACGGUGCCCGAUUUUGGCUGUCACACGUUACGGAGUUGUGGCGAGAUGGCUGCAAUUAUAUUAUGGGCUUCAUCCAUUUCACUACAGAAAUGAGCCGUUACCUGAUUGGAGUAAAGACAUGGAAGCGCGAAUACAAAGUGGCAUUGAUUCUCUUCGAAGAAAAAAGUACAUCAAGGUAGGCGAUGCAAUCGUUAUACUUAGCGAAUCGCGACAAGGAACAGGCUUCACGAAUUCCAUACGUGUAGUUUAUGUAACGUCUGAACAUACAGAAAACGAUCUACCAGAUUUUCAGCCCUGCGGGUAA